AUGCGAGGACGUCGAAGUUUUCAAGAAAAUGCGACAAAACCGCGAAAAUCUGCGGCAAAGCCGGAAAAACGCAUGGAAAUGUAUGAUGAGUUCUAUUUGGUGAGUGAGAGGAUUUAUUGAUUUUUGAGCGGGUUUGGAAAUUCAAACACGAGUAAUUUGAAGACUGGAAAUUAUCGAUUUUUGAGGGAAAGCAGCUGACAAUCGAUAAUUUUGGGAAUUUCUGAUUUGCGCGGCCUAAAAGAUGCUCUGAGGGACUUGACAAGGAUCAAGGCCUGUGAAAUUAUCCUGAGCAGGCCUGAAUAGGCUAAGACUUGCUCAACUCUUUGAAAAAAGCCCUGAAAAGGCAGUUCAAUGGGUUUAGAAGCCUGAAAGACCAUUUGAAGAGCCUAGGCUCAUUUGGGCUCUUCGAAAGUAGCCUGAGCAGGUCUAGGUAACCUCAAGAUCUACAAAAUCAGCCUGAGAGGCCUGAAUUGCCUGCUUGGUGAUCUAAGGAGCCUAAAUUCUCUAAGGACUUUAAGGAUAAGCCUAACCAGGCCUACUUUAGCCUAAUUUCAUGUUAAAUAAUCUGGAAAAGCCUCAAAUCACUUUGGGGCUGUGUAAUAAGCCUAACCAGGCUGGAAAAUAGCCUAAGCCUAUUCAUGACUUGUGAAACAACCUAAAAAAGCUUAACAUAGGUCUGAGAAGCCCGAAAACUUGGAUGUAAAGCUCUUAAAUCUUCUGAAGCCUGUAAAUCUAUAAAAUUUCUAGAAAUCUCAAAUUUUUCCAGAAUUUCGAGCCUCCCCCACUCGCCAAAAUCUACACACCGACAGCCGAAGAGUUUCUCGAUCCCAUCAAAUAUGUCGAGAAAAUUCGAGCCGAAGCCGAACAAUUUGGAGUCGUCAAAAUUAUUCCGCCAAGUGUACGUGGUCUUUUUUCACAGAAAAAAUGGGGAAAAUAAAUGAAGUUAUUGAAAUACCGUGUAAAAUGCUCUGAACCUUGAUUUUCCCAGAAAUCCUUAAGGAAUUCUAGCAAAAUCGAUGAUUUUCAGAACAUUUUACAAGGAUUUCAGCGGAGAUUCGGAAGCUAUGCCCAAUUUUUGAAUUUUUGCAGACCUUCAAGCCGCCUUUCGUCAUCGAUCGUGAAACUUUCAAUUUUCGUCCCAGGACCCAAAAAAUUGAAUGAAGUUGAGGCGAUGGUCAAGGAGAAACAUGUAAGUUUUUUAGGCUUAGGCCUAGGCCCACCUAAAUAAGCCCAAAUUUUUGCAGACUUUUGUGGAGCGAGUGAUAAAUUUCAAUCGAAUGUCUGGAAUUCCUUAUGAAUUACCGUAUGAUAAAGAUGGCAAAGUUAUCGAUGUUUAUAGACUUCAUAGGGUAAGCGAACAUUGCUCAUGCUAGACUCAAAUACAAGAAAAAUGUUUUUCAGAUUGUCCAAAACAUGGGCGGUUGCUAUAAAGUGAAUCAUGAUGAAAAAUGGCGAGAUGUUGCGAAAGAAAUGAUUCCGGUGGAGAAAUCGGCGAAAUUGUUGACGGCCGGAUUUGUGAAAAUGAUUCAGAAACACUAUAACAAUUUUAUUGAGCCGUUUAAUCGAAAUUUGAAGGUUAAUUGAGAAUUUUGCUGAAAAUUGGCUAAUUUUGUUAUUGCUCAGAUUAGCCUAGCCUACUUUUACUUUAAAGAAAUGAUCUGAAAUACCGUUUAAAACGCUCUGAGCGCUGAUUUUUCUAGAAUACCUCAAGGAAUUCUAGCAAAAUUGAUGAUUUUCAGAACAUUUUACAGGGAUUUCAGCUGGGAUGCGGAAGCUAUGCCCAAAUUUUGAAUUUUCAAGGAAACAUCGUUAAAAAUUGGUGGCCUAGAAAUCCAAAAUAGUCCCUGUCCUAAUUUUGACAAUUUUGAAAAAUUUCCCCGAAAAAUUACGUUUCAAAAAUUUCAUAUAUUUUUCCCGGAUAAAUUAUAGGAUGAUACGGUGUUUUUAGAUGUAUCGUGUGAAAAAAUGUUUCCGCAAUCUUCCGGGAGCGCGGCAAAUGUUGCGAGCCACGCGGAAGAUUGCGACGCUUUGUAGGCCUAAGUUCUUGGGAAAUUCUGAAAUACCAUGUAAAAUGCUCUGAGCUUUGAUUUUUCUAGAAAUCCUUGGGAAUUCGAGAAAAUUCAAUGAGUUUCAGAGAAUUUUACAAGGAUUUCAGCGGAGAUGCGGAAGCUAUGCUGGAAUUUUGAAUUUGUAAAGGAACAUUGAAAAUUGGUGGCCUAGAAAUCCAAAACUAGUCCCUGACCUAAUUUUGACCAAAAUUUUUUGCAGGAAAAAGAAUCGCGUUGCGACGACAGUGACGAUGAUGAUGAAACGGAAGAGCUGAAGCACAAAUAUCAACAUCAUCACGGAACAAUGAGAACUGAAAAAGAGGACGAUGACGUGGAAUAUGUGGAUGAUGAAGAAGCAGAAGAAUGUCCGCCGUCGAUGCAAGGAGGCGGAAGACGACGCGGAAAAAAGAAGACGGAAGCGCCGCAACGACAAUCCCGAAUGAUGGCUGGCGGUGUGAAGAAGCAGGCGAAUUUGCCGACGAAGAAACGAGUUAUUAGUGAGUGCCACGUGGCCAAAAUUGUCUUCUGAAAUGCCGUGUAAAAUAUUCUGAGCUUUGAUUUUUUUUAGAAAUCCUCAAGGAAUUCUAGCAAAAUCAAUGAUUUUCAGAAUAUUUUAUAAGGAUUUCAGCGGAGAUGCGGAAGCUAUGCUCAAAUUUUGAAUUUUUAACGGAAAUUGAUUGAUUCGUGGCCUAGAACUUCAAAACUAGUCCCUGACCUAAAUUUUCCAGUGAAUCUCAUCGAAAAAUCAAUAAUUUUGCAGAAAAACGUGCUUCGAGCUCAUCAGAUGAAGAUCCAAUGGACACGGUAUUCUGUAUAUCCUGUACCGGUGGAAUGGACGAAGAUCUGUUAUUACUUUGUGAUAUUGAAGGUUGUCAAAAUGGUCGACACACUUAUUGUUGUGAUCCGCCACUCGAAGAAGUUCCGCAAGGCGAAUGGAGAUGUCCGAAAUGUAUCGAAGCGGAAGAUUCGAAAAUCGGAUUGGAUUGGGGAUUUUAUGAUAAUGAUGUGGAGUAUAAUUUGAAUACGUUUGCCGAAUUUGCUAAUGAUUUUAAGUGCAAAUAUUUUGGAGUUGAUGCGCCGAUGGUAAGGGUUUUGAAAUCUGGAAAUCUCGAAGCUUCCGCGAAGCUUCUUGAAAUUCUGAAAUACUGUGUAAAAUGUUCUGAACUUCGAUUUUACUAGAAAUUCUCAAGGAAUUCUAGCAAAAUCGAUGAUUUUCAGAAUAUUUUACAGGGAUUUCAGCUGGGAUGCGGAAGCUAUGCCCAAAUUUUGAGUAUUUCCCACAAUGUUUUUUUUUUUGCAGUCUGUGGAUCGUCUCGAAGUCGAAAAAGAAUUCUGGAAAAAUGUGCAAUCACCAAUUUCGGUGUCCGUAAAAUACGGUGCAGAUUUGAUAACCUCAAAAAUGGGAAGUGGAUUCCCACGAAAAGAGGACAAAUUCCAUGGACCCGAAUCGAGAAUUCGACAACAAUACGCGAAUCAUGCGUGGAAUUUGAAUAAUUUGCCAGUUUUGCGAGAAUCUGUCUUAUCACAUAUCAAUACUGGAAUUAGUGGAAUGAUGGUCCCGUGGGUUUAUGUUGGAAUGUGUUUUAGUACUUUCUGUUGGCAUACUGAAGAUCAUUGGACUUAUAGUAUUAAUUAUAAUCAUUGGUGAGUUUGGUUUUGGGGGGGAAUUUGUGAUUUUCGAGUUAAAACCAUGAAAAUUGGGCGUUUCUGACCUGAAAUUGAGUUAAAAUCCGAAAUUUUUCAAAACCUAUAAUCCACGUUCAAAAAUUUCGGCAAAAUCACCAAUUUUUGGACUGUAAAUGUUUUUUUUGAGAACAAUUUCGGGGAAAAAUUACGUUUCAAAAAUUUCAUAUAUUUUUCUCGACAAAUUAUAGGAUGAUUACGAAAUUUUUUCUGUGUCGUGUAAAAAAAUAUUUCUGCAAUCUUCCGCGAGCGCGGCAAAUUUUGCAAGCCACGUGGAAUAUUGUAGCGCUUUGCAACCCAAAGUUUUUGAGAUUCUGAAAUACCGUGUAAAAUGCUCUGAGCGCUGAUUUUCCUAGAAAUCCUUGAGAAUUCUAGAAAAAUCGCUGAUUUUCAGAAAAUUUUACAGGGAUUUCAGCUGGGAUGCGGAAGCUAUGCCCAAAUUUUGAAUUCUUAAAGGAAAAUGGUUGAAAAUUGGUGGCCUAGAAAUCCAAAACUAGGCCUUGACCUAAUUUUCGGUCAAAAUUCAACUGUUUUUAACAAUUUUAGUGUCAAAAUGACUGAAAGCAUACAGAAAUUCUGAAACUCCAUGUUCUUACUUAUAACACAGGUCGAAAUUCCUCAAAAAUUACGAUUUUGCAGGGGCGAGCGUAAAAUCUGGUACGGAAUCGGCGGCGACGACGCAACAAAAUUCGAAGACGCCGUCCGCAAAAUCGCUCCAGGUCUAACCGGACGCCAACGCGACCUAUUCCAUCAUAUGACGACUGCCGCCAAUCCGCAUCUCCUCCGCAAUUUCGGCGUUCCCAUCUAUAAAGUCGAACAAAAUGCCGGCGAAUUUGUGAUCACUUUUCCACGCGCAUAUCAUGCCGGCUUCAAUGAGGGACUCAAUUUUGCAGAGGCUGUUAAUUUUGCUCCAAUUGAUUGGGUUUGUUUUUUUUAGCUGAAUUCCUAAUUUUGAUCAGAAAUCUUCACAAAAUCCAUUUUUCAAACUUGAAACUCACAUUUUCAACCAAAAAUUCCCGAUUUCCAGCUUCAAAAAGGUCGACUUUGUAUGGAAGAAUAUUCAAAUGUUCGGCGAUUUUCUGUAUUUUCACACGAUGAAUUGGUUUUCAAAAUGGUCGAAGCCAGAGAUCGACUCGGAAUUUCGAUGAGUUUAGCCACUUUGGAUGAAUUGUUGGAGGUACGUUUCCGGCUGAAAAUCUGGAAAUUCCAAGUUUUCCGCUGAAAAAUGCAUGUUUUCCUCUAAAAAAAACAUGAAAAUAGACUAUUUUUGACCUAAAAUUCAGAUUUUUCACUAAAAAUGUAGACUUUUCAUAAAUUUUUCACCUGAAAUUCAAUAAAAAUCCAAUUUUCACCUGGAAACCAGUGUUUUUUCCAGAUUCAAAGACGCGAGCAAAAAAUGCGAGAAAUGGUUGUGAAAAUGGGAGUGGAAGAGUCGGAAAAAGUGAUUUUUGAGAAUCUUCAAGAUGAUCAGAGGACUUGCAGGUGGGGUUUUAGGUUGAUUUUGGGCUUUAAGCUGGACCUAAUUUUCAGCCCUAUUUUAGCCUAAGUUUAGAGGUUCUAGGCCAAUUUCCAGCCAAAUUUUGAGCUGAAAAAUAUCAAAAUUCCAGACCCAACCUAAAAUUAAUUUCAGAUAUUGUCGUACCACAUUAUUUGUCUCAGCCAUAACUUGCAAACAUGGAAGAAGUGUUUGUCUUCAUCAUUUCGAUCGAAUUUGUAAAAAAUGCACAAUUGAUCAAUGUGUUAUGCAGUGAGUUUGUUAGGGAUUGCUCAGAUUAGAGAUUUUCCUCGAAAAAUGGGAUUUUUGCUUAAUUUUGAAACAUUGCUCAUGUUGAAUCUGAAAAAAUUAAAAAAAAAUUAGAAUAUGAGCGAUGCUCAUACGUCGCAUGCCAGGGGUAAUCGACCCGUGGAGGGGUUAUCCCUCACACCAAAUUUUGGAGGGGGUUGUCACUUGAGAUAAAAAAUUUUAUGAAACUUUCUCAGUUUUGAUGAUAAUUUUCUCUACAUAUUCUGCCAUAGGGAUACCAAUUUAAGCCUCAAAACAGUUUCCACAUAAAUAUCUAAUUAAAUUAGCGGUAGCAAGCCUUUAUUAGACCCCUAUCAACUAUGCUCCACAAUAAAAUCCAAAGAAUUAAGCCUGGUAUCAAUAUGGGACCACUAUGUCAUUUUUCACCUGUGUUAUCAAAGAACACAGGGGUAAAAAGUCAGUAGGGGUGUCUAAUGAAUACCAAUGAAUAUUAGACUUGAGUUAGGGGUAGCAUGCCUUUAUUAGACCCUUAUCAACUAUGCUCCACAAUAAAAUCCAAAGAACUAAGCCUGGUAUCAAUAUGGGACCACUAUGUCAUUUUUCACCUGUGUUAUCAAAGAACACAGGGAUAAAAGUCAGUAGGGGUAUCUAAUGAAUACCAAUGAAUAUUAGACUUGAGUUAGGGGUAGUAUGCCUUUAUUAGACCCUUAUCAACUAUGCUCCACAAUAAAAUCCAAAGAACUAAGCCUGGUAUCAAUAUGGGACCACUAUGUCAUUUUUCACCUCUGUUAUCAAAGAACACAGGGGUAAAAAGUCAGUAGGGGUGUCUAAUGAAUACCAAUGAAUAUUAGACUUGAGUUAGGGGUAGCAUGCCUUUAUUAGACCCUUAUCAACUAUGCUCCACAAUAAAAUCCAAAGAACUAAGCCUGGUAUCAAUAUGGGACCACUAUGUCAUUUUUCACCUCUGUUAUCAAAGAACACAGGGGUAAAAAGUCAGUAGGGGUGUCUAAUGAAUACCAAUGAAUAUUAGACUUGAGUUAGGGGUGAUUUACCUUAAUUAGGUUCUUAUCAACUAUUUCCAAGAAGGGAAAAUGUAUUAAUUUCAAAAACUUGACCCUAAAUCAAACCACCAACUCUGAGAAAAAAAAUAUGAUCGUAAUUGUAGAUUACAUUACUAUUCUGUAGAUCGCUGACUUUUAAUGAUAUUAAAAUAUAGAUCGCGGAUUCGAUAAAGUAAAAAACCUUACAGAUUUGAAAUCGAGAAUUGUUAAUUUUGAGAAAAAUGAAAUUUUGUUCAUCCAAGAGAUUAGUUUUGAAUAGAUCAUAUCAAAUCUAGCUAGUUAAACGAGACACUAAAUAAAUUAAAUUGUGCAACCACAUUGAUCCAUAUUAAUUUUGAAUAACUGUACAUUGUCGCCUAAUCAUAAUUUUUGCAAAUAUUACAGUUACUAACUGUCAGUUGAUAUGUGAAAAAAUGACAUAGUGGUCCCAUAUUGAUACAAGGCUUAAUUCUUUGGAUUUUAUUGUGGAGCAUAGUUGAUAAGGGUCUAAUAAAGGCAUGCUACCCAUACAUCAGUAUCCCCGGAUUUUCGUCCGGAGGGGGUCUGGCUAACUUUGGAAAAAAGGGGUGGGGACCGGCUAACUUUUUGAAAAAAUAGCAAUUUACCCCCCAAAAACCAAGUUUUUUUUCUUUUUUUUUUGAGGGGUCUGGCUAAUUUUUGUAUUUUCACAUUCCGGGGCUGGCUAAUUUUGAGACCCUGACCGGGAGAAACCGAUGUAUGAUGCUACCCCUAACUCAAGUCUAAUAUUCAUUGGUAUUCAUUAGAUACCCCUACUGACUUUUUAUCCCUGUGUUCUUUGAUAACACAGGUGAAAAAUGACAUAGUGGUCCCAUAUUGAUACCAGGCUUAGUUCUUUGGAUUUUAUUGUGGAGCAUAGUUGAUAAGGGUCUAAUAAAGGCAUGCUACCCCUAACUCAAGUCUAAUAUUCAUUGGUAUUCAUUAGAUACCCCUACUGACUUUUUAUCCCUGUGUUCUUUGAUAACACAGGUGAAAAAUGACAUAGUGGUCCCAUAUUGAUACCAGGCUUAGUUCUUUGGAUUUUAUUGUGGAGCAUAGUUGAUAAGGGUCUAAUAAAGGCAUACUACCCCUAACUCAAGUCUAAUAUUCAUUGGUAUUCAUUAGAUACCCCUACUGACUUUUUAUCCCUGUGUUCUUUGAUAACACAGGUGAAAAAUGACAUAGUGGUCCCAUAUUGAUACCAGGCUUAGUUCUUUGGAUUUUAUUGUGGAGCAUAGUUGAUAAGGGUCUAUUAAAGGCAUGCUACCCCUAACUCAAGUCUAAUAUUCAUUGGUAUUCAUUAGAUACCCCUACUGACUUUUUAUCCCUGUGUUCUUUGAUAACACAGGUGAAAAAUGACAUAGUGGUCCCAUAUUGAUACCAGGCUUAAUUCUUUGGAUUUUAUUGUGGAGCAUAGUUGAUAAGGGUCUAAUAAAGGCAUGCUACCCCUAACUCAAGUUCAAAAUUCACUAUUUGCCUCAUUGAUGUAAAUUCUGAGCUUAAGCUCAAUAAAAUUGAAAUUUUCAGAUUUCUAUAGCUGGAAAUGAAAAAAAAAUGAAAAAAGGGGGGGGGGGGUUAUCCCGUUCGCCGAAAAUUUUCAAAAAUAGGGGUAUGCCCUGGCGGAUUUGAAACUAGGGUAUGCGACGUAUGGCGAUGCUCCAAAUACGAUGGAUUUUGAAGCAUUGCUCAUAUUAGCCUCACAAAAAUCAUUGCUCAUAUUGAACCCAUCUCAUAUUUCUAGGGAUAUUGAAGCAUUGCUCAUAUUAGAGAAAACAAACGAUUAUUUUAGCACUAAUAUGAGCGAACACAUAUAAUUUCCGAGCAUUGCUCAUAUUAUACUCAAAACCCUGCUGUUUUUCCAGAUUCCGCUACGAUUUAGACGAACUUCCAAUAUUCAUCGACCAACUCGAAACUCGAACCACCGAAUAUCAUUCAUGGAGAAGUCAAUCGGAUUUGAUUUUGCACGAAUAUGAGAAACCUGGUAAGAAAAAUUGAGAUUUUACAGCUAUUUCUGAGUCGGAACAGCGAUUUUCAGCCAAAAAAACUUAAAAAUUUCCAUUUUUCCACAAUUUUCCACCUCAAAAACCUUCAAUUUUCUCUCAGAAAUGUCAAAAAUCGAUGAGCUCAUCGACACGGCAAAAUCGAAACAUUAUCCAUUCACCGCCCACAUGCAAACUUUGUUGGCAAUCCGUGAAAACUAUGAAAAAGUCACGACAAAAGCCAAAAUUCUGCUAAAUGGAAAAGUUCGAACUCGAACCGGAACUCGAAAUCAACGAGCCGAUACUCGAUUCGAUGUCGAAGGUGUCCGGAGAUUUAUUGAGGAAAUUCAGGAGAUGCCGAUUGAAAUGACGAGUUGGGUCGAGAAAUUGGAGGUUUGUCACGGAUUUUUGGAUUUUUUGUGAAAUUUGGAGCAUUUUGAGCCCAAGUUUUCCAUUUCCCACAUUUAUCUGAUCAUUUUGACACCCAUUUCGAUAUUGUUACGAAAAAGUGGGCGGGGCUUGCAAUUUUGCGGCGCGAUUUUUGAAAGUUCUCAAAACUAUGCGAAUGGGAGCUCAAAAUGUCCGUAAUUGUCUCAGGAAUCUGGAUAUAGCUAGAAACACUAGUGAAAAAUUGAGCCACGGCCACUUUUGCAAGUUGCGGCAUGGUUUUUUUUUUGAAAAUUAUGAGAAUUAGGUCAAUAUGGGUCUCAAAAUUACCGUAAUCAACUCAGAAACCCACAUUUUUCCAGGAGCUUUAUCAAAAAGUCGAAAAUUGGCGCAAAAGAACGGCUGAAGUUAUCGAAACUCAAGUGAAAUUGGAGGGCGAAAAUAAUUCGGAAGAAGUCAAAGUUUUUGCGGUGAAACCAUUGAAUUGCGAAGAUUUUGAGGCGAUAAUUGAAGAGGGCGAAGAAUUUGAUAUUAAAUUGGAUGAGAUUGGAAUGUUGAAAAAGGUUGGCAGCAUUUUUAGCUCGAAUUUAAAUAUCAGAAAAUGACGAAAUUUGUCUGAAAAAUUGAAAAAAAUGAUAUUAGACUGAAAAAAACGUCAAAUGUUGACCUAAAACUUUUCAGCUCAAGUUUAUCAGAAAUUAGCUGAAAAUGUCCAAAAAUCUGUUAAAAGGCUGUUUUUAGCUCAGUUUUACCUUCGAAAUAAUCAAGUUGACCUCUAUUUUUCCAGAUAAUCGAUCUGAAAAAAUGGGAAUCUCGUGUAGAAGUUCUGAUCUCAUGGAAACCAUCAAACUUAAUGGAACUCGAAGAAGAAUACGAAUAUUCGAAACGUUGGACAACCGACGAAGUUUUGAGCCUAAUUCGAGACGGCUCAAAACUUGCUAUGCAAAAAAUGGAAAAACUGCAAAAACUCCAGAAUAUGCUGAAAAUGGCGCAUGUUCAUGACAGUGAUGCUGAAGUAUUCAUGAAAAAUCCGACGAUUUCAAAUUUGGCUGAAAAUUGGAAAUCGAUUCGAGAAAGUGAUUGGUAUACUGGGAAAUGUGAGUUCUUAGGCUGGAAUUAGGCCAAGCCCCUUUUUUGCGGUGAAAUUUGGAGCAUUUUGAUCCCAAGAUUCGAAUUGCUCAUACGAUUAUUUUGACACCCUAAUUAUAAUUACAAAAAAGUGUGCCAGAGUUGCAAAGUGGGCGUGGCUUGCACUUUUGUCGCAUGGUUUUUGAAAAUUGUCAGAAUUGGGUCGUAAUUAACUUACAAGGGAACCUUUUUUACUCAACACUUCAAAUCAUGAUGAAAUUUGGUCCAUGGACAGCUUUUGGGACCAUAAGAACACCCUAAAAAUUUUAGUCUCCCAAUGGACCUCUGAGCCAAGUUCUGGGCUCUCAAAAGUUCAAAAAAGGCCUAAAAAUGGUCAUAAAAGUCAUCAUAGCUCCAUUUCAAAUUUUUUUUUGGGAGAAAUGAAGUUUCAGAUAUUGAUCAGCAUGGUCGAUUACCUAAAAAUACAUCAAUAAAAAACUUUAUUUCGAAAAAUUUUGAAGUUUUUUAUUUUUGGGCUGAAAAUUCAUGAAAAUUCAUAUGUGCCCCUGCUCAUUCUUUUUUUCAAAAUCAAAAAUUUUUCUGAAAAUUCGAUUUAUUGAUGAUUUUUGGGUAAAUCGACCACGCUGAUCAUCAUCUGCUACUCAGUUUUUCAUAAAAUUGAUCGAAAAUUGAGUUAUGACGUGUUUUAUGAGCCAAUUUUGGCAAUUUUCGAACUUUUGAGAGCCCAGAACUUGGCUCAGAGGUCCAUUGGGAGACUAAAAUUUUUAGGGUGAUCUUAUGGUCCCAAAAGCUGUCCAUGGACCAAAUUUCAUCAUGAUUUGAAGUGUUGAGUAAAAAAGGUUCCCUUGUUAGGAAACUAGCUACAUCAAUAAAUAUUGAUUAUAAAUUAAGCCACGCCCUUUUUGCAAUUUUGAGGCAUAGUUUUUUCGAAAAAAUUCCAACAAGCUCAAAAAUCGAUUUUAAAGUUUAAAAUUUUUGAUUUUAGGGUUGAAAAUUGUCCAAAAUUUGAUUUUCAGCUCAAAUUUUCAAAAAAAAAAACCCUCCCAAAUUCUUUCAGACAUUGAUAAAAUGCGCACCGAAAUGCUCGCCGUUCAACAAAUCACUCAACAAAUCGACAAAAUUUGCCAAAUUCCAGAAGAUUCCCCGAAAAAGUCUGAAAAUCCCCAAAAUUUAUCGGAAAAACUCGAAUUUCUGUCCAAAAAUGCUCCACUCAAAUUUGCGGAUAUCGUCGAAUUGAGUGCACUUUUUGGCGAUUCCCGAAUUUUGUCGGAAAGUUUGGAGGCCGAAAAAUUGGCCGAACUCAAAUCGAAAAUGGAGAAAUUCACACAGAAAAUUGGAGCCUUGUUCAAGAAAAAUGAAUUUUUCAGCAUUUUUGAAGUGGGUUUCCUCUACGUCUCUCGAAAUUGUAUACUCUCUAGCUUCUUCUGCGUCUCUAGGCUUUCUGUACUCUCUAACCUCUAUAUUUUUGUUGCAGAUUCUCUCCGAACGUGAAGAUUUUCCUCAACUCAUCGAGGGACAAACAUUGCCGAAAUAUUCGAGAUGUUCCACGUCAUCUGGUAGGUUUUUUGAACAAAUAGGCCACGCCCCUUUUUUGCAAAUUGCGGCAUGGUUUUUGGGAGACAAUUUGGAGCAUUUUGAUAUCUCACAAGCUCGGGAAAAAUUUUAAUUAGGCCACGCCCCUUUUUCUUGCAAGCCUGGCACAGUUUGGUCCCAAAAUGACCGGAAUUUUAAGCCACGCCCACUUUUUCUUGCAAGCCUGGCACAGUUUGGUCUCAAAAUGACCGGAAUUUCAAGCCACGCCUCUUUUUUCUUGCAAGCCUGGCACAGUUUGGUCUCAAAAUGACCGGAAUUUCAAGCCACUCCCAUUGUUUCUUGCAGCUUGCGACGAAUGGAACGAGAUCACCGAAUUCGACACUAUCGAACAACUCAUGCAACAUCAAUCAACAAUGCGAGAUUCGCGCCAAAAUUUGAUAGGUUUGUGUGUAGUUCUCGUGGAAAAGCCGACUUCUCCACGAGAAAUACACAAAAAAAAAUGAUUUUCAGCAAAUUUACAACAAAAAAAUGAUGCUCGCGGAUUGGAAACGUGUAUUUGUUUGAAUUCGGACCCCACAUCUGCUUCGCUAGAUCAACAGAAAAUUGUGAUUUGUUUGAUGUGCCGUGCAAAGUAUCACGGUAAGCCUUGGAGCGUUUUGAGCCCAAAUUUUACUAGGUUUAAGCUCCGCCUCUUUUCUGCAAGCCUGGCACAGUUUUUACCAUUUGAAUUUGUACUCAAAAUACUAGGAAAAUUAAGCUCCGCCCAUUUUAGUGCAAUUUCACCGCACACUUUUUUAUUUUCAUUUUCAAAAUUCCAAAUUUUACUUCCAGUUUCUUGCGUCGAAUGGUCGGAUUUCUUGCAAAAUCUGCCGGAAGGAAGUUAUUUGUGUAUUCGAUGUUUGAAAGGUCGUCGACCGAUUUUGGAAGAUGUUCAGCUCGCCUGCUCCGAUGCACCCGAUAAUUGUUUUGAGGUGCGUUUUGAGCAAUUUUUUGAGCAGAAAAAUUUGGAAAAUUGCAUGCCACGUGCAUUUUCCCUCGCAAAAUUUCAAAAAUCCCCAUUUUUUUCCAGAUGAAUUUGGUUCGAUGUCUGAUGUCUGAAUCUCGUGAAAUAUCUCGGAACCUUCUCUCAUCCGAAUCCGAACAAACCCUGCUCGAUUUUCUCAGCUGCGAAAUUUUGAAUUUGAAUUGCCUGCCGAAAGUUGGAGAACUGAUUCGCAGAUUUUAUGGCAAAAUUUUGGAAUUUCAGUUGGAGUAAGUUUAGCAGUUUUUUGACACUAAAUUUGAAUUUCACCUCGAAUUUUGAGCUAGGGAAGUUUUCGAAAACACGUUUUUUUCGAAUAAGAAGGUUCGAUCCCCGGUGCCUGCGGAAAAUUUUGUUUUUUUCCCCAAAAACCCCUGUCUUCUUUCAGAAAUUGUCGAUUGUUGCGAAAUCGAACCACUCCUCUUCAAAUGCCUUCAGCGAUUUUUGUGUCGCGCAACGCGUCAACUUCGCGACGCGGAAAACGUGGAUCCGGACAGAUUGGCAAAGAUAUUGCACGGAAAAUCAAGCGAAGAAGCGGACAAAAAGGAGGAGGGGAUAUUACGGCCGCGUGUUCGGCCGAAAAGUGCUUGCAGCCGUAUGGUGAGUGCGAAUUUUGAGAGAAUUUGAAAGAUUUGCUAUUUUUUGGUGUAAAAUUCAUGAAUUUUGACCCUGUAAACGUGGAGUAUCGUUUGAGAUUUAAAAAUUCCGGAUUUUUGAGCCUACAAAUUCAAAAAAUGGCCUCGUAAUUGCGGAGUGUCGUUUUACGUCUUUUUUCAAUCCUAAACAACACUCUGCCAUUACAUAGUGAAAUUUCCUCAAAUGUUGCCUCCCCGUCAACGCGGAGCAUCGUAACUUAUCCAAAUAUUAAUUGCAGGUCAAGUUGGAUGGGUUCAAUGCGAUCCUCCAGGAUGCAAUCGUUGGUUUCAUUUUGUGUGUGUGGGUCUAACCCAUGAAGGUAAAUUUUCAAACGAUGCUCCGUGAUUCCGAAGAAAAAUCACGGAGAAUCUUCGUAAAAACCCUCAAAUAUAUAUUCUUCAGAAAUCGACUCAAUCGAAAAUUAUACUUGCCAAAGAUGUUCAAAUGGCGGUGGAUCGACAGGAUCUCCACUUUCAUCGUCUUCAGAUUAG